CGUCAAAUAAGUUUCCCGUCACCCUCAGCAGCUUGACAGUGGUCGUCGCCAUCAGCAGACGACACACCUCUGGAAACUGUGGUUACAAUUCACGGCCACUUUUGCUAUGUAGACUUUGCAGUACCAGAAAAUUAUGUUAAAGGAUGGUUUAUCCGAAAACAAACAUUGAAGAAUAGUAUGGUUGUUAGAUGCAUGAUAUUUCUGGUUUUCUGACCGGUACCUAGUUUUCGGACUCCGAUUACCACUUAAAAGCCGCCGUUGCUAAGGAGAUCCCACGCCUUUGAAGUCGACGAAACCACGAACUAAUAUCCCUAUAUACGUCCGUGGACGAAAAGCAACGGAUGCAAGGGACGUAGAUUAACAGAAGCCAAAAGCCUUCGAUUAUUUAGGCUUUACUAAAGAGUUUCUUCUUGCAGUCUUGAACACCCAACACCUCAAAUAUGGCGUUGCCAUUUCUUCCUGCCCUUGGUUUAAAUAACAAUUUAGGUAAAACAAAAUACCACAAAUCUCAUCACUUUGAUAUCUACUGCAAUGAUAACCACUUAUGUGUUGGGGAUACAAAGCCUGGCAUUGGUGGAGAGCCCAGAUUAGGCCAGAAAAUUAACGCAUUAAACUCGAAAAUACCUAAAGGGGAAAUCCCUAGUAUGCCAGCCUGGGUCGCAUUUGAUCGUCAGGUGCUGUCAUUUGAUGCCUACUAUCUAGAGAGUUAUGUUGAGAGACUUGAGCAGUACCGUGUGGCAAAAUCCAAAAUUUACUUCUUCUUGGAAGAUGACUCGAUAAUGGUGAAUGAGCAAAGAAUCGCAGAUGUAACUCAUUGCCAAGGUACAAUAAUCCACCGACACCGUAUUCCUAAACCACCACCAGAUGAUGAUAAAUUUUACACUGUGGAAGAUUUCAAUGUAGGAAUUGAGCUGAACUUAUACUCUAAAGUGUUCAGGAUUGUAGACUGUGAUGAUUUCACUCUGAAUUUUUUGAGAAAGCUUGGAGUAAAAGUUGGAGCACCUGAACGCAUACCAGAAGAUCCUUUUUUUACAAAUCGCAAAGCCACUCGCCAGCCACGUGAGAGGUAUGACACACUGAAGCAGUUCCUGGACCACGAUCGCCAUGUCCUGCGGUUUUUCUGCUUUUGGGAUGACAGAGAAAGCGAAUAUGGUGACCUACACUCACUGGUCAUGUGCUACUACCUGGCAGAUGACACAAUUGACAUAAGACAGUUGCUUCCUCAUAACAGUGGGCGGGAUGCAGUAAUGUUUCUCAAGCGAGCACGUGUACCAAAGAUAGGGACACCUCUAAAAUUUCCUUGUGCUCCUGCUCCAAGGACUGUGCUCAAUGUCACUAAGCCUGAUGGGCAUGAAAUGUUCUACAUCCAUGACAGUCUAAAAAAAAAUUAUGACUCAACAGAGUACAUAAAAGACACAGAUCUAACCCUGGGCUCUGUGGUCAAUAUAUGGGGACGCAGGAUUGUUCUUUGUGACUGUGAUGAAUUCACAAAGGAGUACUAUCGUACAAAGCAUGGCAUCACUGAGUUCACCCCACUUAAGAUCCCACACGAAAGCUUCACAGAUGGAACGACGAUGCCACCAAAAAAAAGUUUUGGUUCUGAGGAGGAUACUCUACAUGCAUACCAGUGUGGUUUUGUUGUCCAGCAUCAUGCACCAAACACUAUUCAAUUCAUGAAAUAUGACAGGUGUGCACUAGACAGCAACCAGCUACAGUUUUUGGCUUGCUUUGAUGCACCAAAGGCAAUUGACAAAGACAGACUCUUCAUUAUCACCUGUUUUCUUAGUGAUGACUCGAUUUCUGUCUUUGAGCGUCGUAGACGCAAUUCUGGCCACAUUGGUGGUAAGUUCAUCAAGAGAUGUCGCAUAAAGAAACCCAACCAGCCACGCUUUAGCACAGAACUGCCUGAACAUUUUCAGGCGCAGGACCUAUAUGUGGGUGCCACUUUGGAAUUUUUCAAAUACAAAUUUAUAAUACUUGAUGCGGAUGAAUACUCCUUACGGUAUAUUGAUGAACAUUCAGAGAAGUUCUUGAACUAUGUUAAAGAUAUGUUGGCAAAAAUCAAGCCAGUACUGAACGAAAAAAUGGAUGAAGUGUGUGUAUUUAUUACUCAGCACGAUCCAACAAAUAAAGGUGUUCUCAGCUAUCCCCAGUUCCAGGAAAUGAUGAAGCUGAUUAUUCCCACUCUAGCAGAACAUCAAGUAAGAAUUCUGGCCAGGAAGUUUGCAGAGAGAUCACAAGCAGUGCUAGAUAAACAGCAAGUGAUGGCCAUUGUGCAGGAGGAGCUUCGCAAGUCGAACUAUGACAACUUUGAUAGCAUAUUUGUUUCUCUUCAAUACCAGGAUAAGAACAAGUCUGGUUUUGUUUCACCAGAGACUGUGCGCAGUGUUUUCUUGGCCAACCAUGUUCCUAUUCCUAAGGAUUUGCUUGGAGUUUUUUUUGAAGCUGCUCCAUCCAACGAGAAGGGAGAGAUAUCAUAUGCUGAGUUAAUGAACCAGAUAAACUGGCGAGAUUUCCCAAUACCAAUGGUGCAGCAACAUACAGUCCAGGCAGAUGAAUGGUGGCAUCAAACCAAAAUUGGUCCCAUCAACUAUUUAGCCCUCCUUGCAAGGGACUAAUAAGGGCUCUCCUAAGGAGUUUUUAAAGUUUUGUGGUAAAAGGUACUGAAAGUGGUAGCAUGAGAUGGUUGAUAUAGUCAUACAAAUAGUCAUCAUCAAAGCAGGCAGACAUUUCAUGCCACUUGGAUUAUUUUAUCAAAUAUCUGUUCUCAACCACCAUACUAACAUAUGAAGCACAACUGAUCCUUUCUCAGUUGCUCAGAUCAUAUCAUUCCAGUUUUUUAUUACUUUCUUGUAAAGUAGCUAAAAAUGUUGUUACACAGAGGGGUUUGUCUGACAGAUGAUUCCACUAGCACCAAGGUUUAUUGUUAUACUUGACACGGUCUCUUUAUAUGUGUAUUUUUUCUAUGACUUUGAAAUAAUUACUAUAUGACAAAAUUGUAUAUAUUUUUACCCUGUCUAUAUGGUCUACUUUUUGUCUAACAAAGACAUAUAUGCAGGAUUAUUCUAAUCCCUUUGAAGUUUGUCUAGCAGGUGUUAGGUGGUUUAUACUUUGUGAUGUGUGAAGAUUUUAAUAAAGGAGAGUCUUGAGUUUCUUUUCAGAUUUGUGUCUU